AUGUCGACAGAUUCCGAGUCGGAUUACUUCGAUGAUGACGACUUCGUAGUCCCUGGAACCCCCGAUGGGCCCUCCCGUCCCGCAAAACGCCGCCGCGUUCGAAAUCGCGGGGAAGAGCGCGAAGGUCAAGAUGACGGUUCUUCGAUCGAUUCGUUCUCUGAUAUGGAGGAUGACGAGUUACCCUCCGGGCACCGAGAAUCACCUCGUGGUUUUGAAGAAUACCAGGAUCGCUCCAAAAUUAAGAGCUGUGUACUGAAGCAAGCCAGUGUCCAAAAUGACAUGUUCGUCACGCAACUCACGCAACCCUCCUCAAGUCCGGAACGAAUACGGGGUCCGCGGUGGCAGAAGCCUGUUGCAAAACCCCCUCCGCCAAAAUUUGAAACUGGAGGACAAGAUGGUGGUGGUGGUGGUGGUGGUGGACAGGAGAGAAAUCAUUCCCAUGAUGAUGAGGAGUUGAUGGCCGCUAUCGCGGCCUCCUUGGAUUCAUUUGAGGAGGAAAAAACAACCAGAGCGGUAUUUCUACCCCCGAGUUUAUCAAACAAUACUGCUCCGAAAAAGCUUGCCCCGACGGAAAAGGCAAACACGCAUAUCUCGGCGGAUGUCCCGUUUGAGCUGGAGGACAUACCUGAAGGUGCAUUUGAUUCUUCGCCAUCAUUGUCACCAGUAGCACGACCAGUCCAGCCUGCAAUUCCGCAAUUCAGUCAAUCUCGAGGCUCAAUUCGACAACCCCAUCUUAGACAGAGCACAUUAUUCGGCAUGGUUGCUCCAAACCCCGAGGUCUUGGUACCUCGCCAACAAGACUGGGGGCCAUCAGAGAAGACUGAACCACCAACCCAACACAAACUUGUCAAGGAUACUUUGGAUACAUGGGUCUACCCCACGAAUUUGGGCAAAACCAGAGAUUACCAGUUCAACAUCACUCAGGCAGGCCUGUUUCAUAAUCUACUCGUGGCCUUGCCAACGGGUUUGGGAAAGACAUUCAUAGCGGCUACAAUUAUGCUGAACUGGUUUCGCUGGACGAAAGACUCGCAAAUCAUUUUUGUAGCACCAACGAAACCCUUGGUUUCGCAGCAGGUAUCGGCCUGCUUGGAUAUUGCCGGAAUCCCACGCUCUGAGUCGACCAUGCUCACAGGAGGGGCAUCACCGGGUAUUCGCGCCGAAGAGUGGAAAUCAAAGCGGGUGUUUUUCAUGACACCCCAAACACUUAUCAAUGACCUGAAGACCGGAAUCGCUGAUCCCAAGCGAAUCGUAUUGUUGGUCGUUGAUGAAGCUCAUCGCGCCACGGGUGCGUAUGCAUACGUGGAGGUGGUCAAAUUCCUUCGGCGCUUCAACAACAGUUUCCGCGUGCUCGCACUUACAGCAACGCCGGGCUCAACAGUCGAAUCGGUACAGUCGGUUAUCGAUGGCCUGGACAUAGCACGUGUCGAAAUCCGUACCGAGAACUCGAUCGACAUUCGCGAGUACGUUCACGCUCGCAAUAUCGAGAUAGAAAUAUUUGAGAAUUCAGAUGAAAUGAUUUUCUGUAUGGACCUCAUGUCUGCGGCCUUGCAGCCCUUGCUCGACCAACUCCGGACCAUCAACGCCUACUGGGGACGUGACCCUAUGGGGCUAACUGCGUACGGUCUCACAGUGGCGAGGCAACAAUGGAUGCAGUCCGACGCUGGUCGUAAUGCCAAUUUCGGCUUGAAAGGCAAAGUCAACUCCAUUUUCACUGUUCUUGCUAGCUUGGCCCACGCUAUUGAUCUCCUCAAGUAUCAUGGCAUCGUGCCAUUCUAUCGCCAUGUCAUUCAUUUCAAGUCAAGCUCCGAGGGACAGAAAGGCGGAGGUGGCAAAUAUCAAAAGCAAGUUGUACAAGAUGAUAGUUUCAAGAAACUACUCAGCCAUCUUGAACCAUGGAGUAAGAAUCCAGAGUUCAUUGGCCAUCCGAAAUUGGAAUAUCUCAAGUCAGUGGUUUUGAAUCAUUUUAUGGACAGGGGUGAAGGGAAAGAGUUGCCUGACGGCACUAGUGGGCCUGCGACUCGAGUCAUGAUCUUUGUGCAUUUCCGUGACAGUGCUGAAGAGGUCACGAGAGUGCUUAAAAGAUACGAGCCCAUGAUUCGGCCUCAUGUUUUCGUGGGCCAAUCAAGCGCUAAAGGCUCUGAAGGCAUGGACCAGAAGACACAACUCAGAAUCAUUGAGGAUUUUAAGAAAGGCACAUACAACACGAUCGUUGCUACCUCCAUCGGCGAGGAAGGAUUGGAUAUUGGAGAGGUCGAUCUGAUCGUGUGCUAUGACUCGUCGGCAUCGCCCAUUCGCAUGCUGCAGCGCAUGGGUCGAACUGGCCGUAAGCGGGCUGGUAACAUCACUCUGCUAUUGAUGAAAGGCAAAGAAGAAGACUCCUACAUCAAGGCCAAAGAUAACUACGAAAAGAUGCAGCAAAUGAUUGCCAGUGGCGCCCGAUUCACGUUUCACGACGAUCGUUCUGCACGCAUCUUACCCGCGGGCGUUCGUCCAGUGCCUGAUAAACGACUGAUCGAUAUACCUCCGGAGAACUCGCAGCAAGGACUGCCCGAGCCGAAGCGUAAAGGGCGAGCACCAAAACGACCUGCCAAGGUGUUCCACAUGCCCGAUGAUGUGGAGACAGGGUUCACUCGAGCCUCGACUUUGGCUGGCGACAAACCCCAGAAGAAGAAAGCCGCUGCGCCCAAAAAGGCAGCCCACCCCAAAAAGAGACCCCGGACCCCCACGCCCGAGCCUGUGGAUGUUCCGUCGCUGGAGGACGUUGUUCUUAGCACGAGUGAGCAAAAUGAUCUUGAACAUCAUUAUCAGAACAUCGGUGCCACUUCUCCCCAGUUCAUCCGAUUCCCUCGCAACGACGCCUUUCCACGCCUGCAACUCGUUGAAAGGCCUACAAAGAGCGUCAAACAUGGGUCUCUCACGCGACGCAUGGUGAAAGCUUUACAGAAGAUGCAUGAGGCAGGCCCUGACUAUGAUCAUCGAUUCAAAGAGAUCUUGGCCCGCGAACCUCCUUCGUCAGACGAGUCCAGUCGAACGUUCCGGAAGGAUUCGGUUAAGAAGCCUCGGCGCAACCCAAAGCCCUUGAAAACACCGUCUAAAAAUACUGCUCGACGAGCUUCCACCAAGGCCACUGCAAACCCCGCUGGCGGGGAUGUUGUUUCAUUAUUGUCUCCAGAUCGUGAACUCAAGCAGAAGCACGAUCCAUUUGCCUUCAUAGAUGAUGACUUUGGUGAUGACGGCUCGGAUUUUGAACUGAUGGACGCUAGCCUUUUGUUUAGUAGUGGGUCCAAACCUAAGGGUCAGAAACCGAACAGACCAAUUAUUGAAGAUAGUGAUGAGUGA